UAUGUCACAAAUCUGCAAUGUCCUUCCUUGCACUCUAUCGGUCGUCCAUUCGGCAAGUGUUCUCUCCGUGUCUUGCACGCAGCUAUGCUGUGAAGAGCUUGAAUACAGAACGGGUAUUGAACACAAGUGCAAAAGACGCGUCGGCUACUGAAGAAAAGACACUUUCGUCGUGUCCACCCGGUACAAUCCUGGAAGGAUUGAAUUAUCUGAAAGGACAGCCUCCAGUAAUAGCUCUACCUGAUGACGAGUAUCCUUCAUGGUUAUGGGACCUUCUGAAGCCGAAAGUAUAUGAAGAUGACGGGCCUGGAGGCAAGGCAGAGAAGAAACGGCUCAGAAAGGAGAAUCAACAGCGCAUCAAGGACCAGAACUUUAUGAAGACACAGUAGUCUGGUGAUCCGUAUCGGCACUGUAUCGAAAUGCGCUGUUGAAAAUGAUUCGUCUUGGCCCUCCGGGCAACCCAGGACACUUGAUUUCUUUCGCCUUUCGCCUUUUUCCUGUUUUUCUUCAACACCUGCCCUGGGCGAAUGCAGCCCCCAAACCCCCAUCCGUCGCUGCUUUUC